GUCAAGAACGGAUUUAAUGAUUGGAAUUUGGAAAUUGAAAAUUGUACCUAUUUUAUUUAUAUCCUGAUUUAUACACAGAUACAUCUUCAACUUAGGCGAUAGAGAAGUCCAAAAAUGGCUUUAGCUUCAGAUAUGGUCAAUGAUAAACUAAGUAUAAAGAACAUAUUAUUCUCAAAAGCAAUGCCUAAUUAUAAAAUACCAGUACCUGUAAAUGGCCACAAACUGUAUUCAUGCAUAGAUUGUAGUGAUAAGUUUAUAUUUGAAUCGAGUUAUAAAGUUCACAUUGGCCGUAAAUCUCUACAGAUUACUUAUUUAUGCAGAUAUUGCAAUAAACUGAAUGUAUUUUAUAAUAGAUGUCAGUUUUUAGCUCACAUAAGAUCUCAUAGUAAUAAAACCGCUACCAUCAACUUGAGCGAUUUAAAAGUUGAACCUCUGCUAUUUAUCAGCUCAGAAAUUGCCACAACAUCUAAGAGUGUAGAUUCAGUUACUGUUAAUUCAGCAACUGAAAUGUACAGAACUGUUAAUUCAGACCAAACAUUUCCAAACAUAUAUUGUUUUGAAUGCAAAACAAAUAUUACAGUAACAAAAAACAAAGAGAAAGAUAGAGUAAAACAUUAUAUGGAACAUGCACACAAGAUCUACACUUGCCCUGUAUGUUUAUUCACACUACCCUCAAUAUGUGCACUAAGUGCUCACAUUCGUUUGCACUUGAAAAGCCCUCCAUACAUUUGCCCAGAAUGUGGUAUGAAUUUAACAAAUAGGGUGUGUACAUACCCUUACAAUCAUGACUGUGAAGGCUUUAAAAUGAUGAGAGUUACAUUUAGAAUUAAAUGUUUCAAAAGUGGUUGUCAGUUGCUGCAUCCAAACUCUUUUAUAUCCCAUAUGAAGCAGAGCCACUUAAAUAAAAUAUUUAAAUGUCCUUCGUGUGCUCUUGCUGGAUACAAUGAGAAUACAGUAUUGAAACAUGUAAUGCGAUGUUGUGAUAAAACAAAAUACCCUACAUACUAUGAAUGUCAACAGUGUCCUGCAAUAUUUUUAAGUGUAAAUCAAAUAAACAAGCACCUUGAUACUCAUCUUUCAACCAUUCAUAAGAAUCAUCAAAUGUAUCCAUGUUGGGAAUGCGGUGUUAUUUCUACUGAUGUGUAUGAUUUAUUAAAACAUCAUAUUGAUAAGCAUCAUUCAACACACUAUAGACCUUUGUCAUCGAUUCUAUGCAAAAUAAUAUUGAAAACCUGCCAUACAUGUUCAAAACCUGUACAUCAAUGGAUUGAUGGCAAUUUUGAUAAAGAGCCAUAUAAAUGUUCUUAUUGCUCAUUGGAGACUCCCUCUGAAGGCAGCAAGAGGCAAGAUGUAUAUCAAAUAGUAUGCCAUUUGUGUAGAGUUAAAGUUAAUGAAAACUGGGAAGAAAUAAAAACACAUUUCAAAGAAUUUCACAAUCAUAUUAAAUGCUUAGAUUUGAAAGUAAACUUGACAAAAAUGAAUUUAGAGAAGAUCAAGAAAAAAGGGACUAGAACAAAGCACUGUAAAUCAAAUAAGAUAUUCAAGCGCAAUCACAAAAAUAAAGUAGGACCUCAUACUGAUAAAAUUGAUCCACCAACAGCUAUACAAGUUGAACAGAAUACUCCUAAUUACUGCAAAAAGUGUCAGUACCAAACAGAGGAUGCAAAAACUUUCCAUUUACAUAUAUUAUCACACAAAGAUCCAUCUUUGGCUUAUCAGUGUAUGGAGUGUGGGCAAUGCUUUGCUGUCAAGCCCUCUUUUUCAACUCAUUUGUUAUUAGAUCAUAAAAUAACAGAUGUUAAUGAAUAUAUUGUUAAAAAUGAUUGCUUUAACAAAGAUGCAUUAGAAAAAUACCACAUUAAGUCAAAUGCACCAGAAGAUGAGCCACUUGAAUCAAACCAAUGUAAUAUUUGCAGAGAAAAAUUCACUGACCCUCACAGUUUAGAAAAACAUUUCAGAGUUCAUGGCAUGGCUUUCUUAAAAAAGAAUACUCAAAAAGCUAAAAGCCCAUAAAUUGCUGGAGUCAAUUAUUAUUAAAGGCUUGCUUGACAUUG